AGCACCUAAACUGGACGGAAUUUUCAUUUGGAGGGUGAUUGUACAGAUUUUCAUCAUGUAUAAUUGAAAUCCCGAGGUACCCAACAUUCCAAUACCCUCAGUCGAACCAGAGGCAGAGCAUUCCUUCGGCAAUAAUGGCGGCUUCUCCUCCUCCUGGGCAGAACAGAAAUGAGCAUAAUACAGAGCAUUCGGCAUUAAUGUCGGCUUCUCCUCCUCCUGGGCAGAACAGAAAUGAGCAUACUACAGAGCAUUCGGCAAUAAUGGCUUCUCCUCCUUCUGGGCAGAACAGGGAGGAUCGUAAUACAGAGCAUUCGCCAUUGAUGUCUUCUUCUCCUCCUGCGCAGAACAGGGAUGAUCAUAACACGGGGCAUUCGGCAUUAAUAGAUUCCAAGACGGCUCUGGCUGCGGAUAAUACAGUAUUUGGGGCUUCUGCGAUUGUUUUCACAGUGCUUCUCUUAAUGAUUGCCAUUACAGUUUUCGUACUCUGUUUCAGACGAUUCUGCCUUCGUCGAUUGUCAUUUCAUAGCGAUCGACAAUCCGUCGGGAAUCCUCUUUCACCAGAUCGAAAACCAGUUGCAGAAAGUUUUCCUGUGUUUGUGUACGAGUGUAAGAACUACAGUGAUCAAGGGCUUGAAUGUGCGGUUUGUUUGAGUGAAUUUGAGGAGGAAGAGAAGGGAAGAAUUCUGCCUGCGUGUAAUCACAGCUUUCAUGUCGACUGCAUCGACAGGUGGUUUGAGUCGCAGUCGACCUGCCCGAUUUGUCGAGCCCCUGCCCGGGCCGCCAUGAGCACGCGAGGCACGUGAAGAAAAGGUUCAGAAAUCUAUCAGAUGUUAAAUCCAUGUGAUGUGGAAAUGAUUUAGAUGUACAUUUUAGUCCUCACACUUGGAAUGUGAUUAUCUUGUGAUCAAAUGCUUGUGUUGGGGUGUUGUGGGGUUAUAGACCUAAUGAUGGCCCCAAUACACUUUUCGAAUGCUUGUGUCAUGGGGUAUAUAGGUCAAAUGGUAAUAGUUUUAUUUUAGUUUUGUGAUGGAGAAAAUUGUAUAUAGUGUCUUUUUUAAUAUGUUGAGUUCAUGUUCAUUUGAGUGAUUUUUUAUAUAAUAAUAGGUGUAAAGGGGGUACAGAGCAUAAGU